AUGCUUCUGGAGGUUCACGGUGUCGGGGAAGCCGGGGCCGGGCCGCGGGCCAGCUACGGCGACCGGCACUGCGUCAGCGUGCUGCAGGGCCAGACCCUGGCCACGCUCGACUUCACCUCCCGCGUCAUCGACUUCUUCACCGUGCAGAGCACCGAGGCGGCCGAGGGAGGCUUUGAGAACCCGCGUGCCCUCGUGGUGCUGGUGGAGGAAGAGCUGGUGGCCAUCGACCUCCAGACGCCGGGCUGGCCCACCAUCCCUGCCCCGUACCUGGCGCCGCUCCACUCCUCCGCCAUCACCUGCUCCUGCCACAUCUCCAACGUGCCGCUCAAGCUCUGGGAGAGGAUCAUCAGCGCCGGCGAGCAGCAGAGCCCCCGGCUUUCCUCUGCUGCUUGGCCCAUCGACGGGGGGAAGAACCUGGCCCAGGAGCCCACGCAGAGGGGGCUUCUCCUCACCGGGCACGAGGACGGCACGGUGCGGUUCUGGGACGCCUCGGGGGUCUUCCUGAAGCCCCUCUACAAGCUGGGCACCGCCAGCAUCUUCCAGACGGACUGCGAGCACGACAGCCUCAACCAGGUGGGCGAGGAGGAGUGGCCGCCUUUCCGCAAGGUGGGCUGCUUUGAUCCCUACAGCGAUGACCCGCGCCUGGGCGUGCAGAAGAUCGCUCUCUGCAAGUACACGGCCAAGAUGGUGGUGGCCGGCACUGCGGGGCAGGUGCUGGUGAUGGAGCUGAGUGACGAGAAGUCGGAGCAUGUGGUCAGCGUGGCCACGGUGGACCUGCUGCAGGACCGCGAGGGCUUCACCUGGAAGGGCCACGACCGGCUGGCCCCUAGGAACGGGCCCCUGCCCUUUGCCCCCGGCUUCCAGCCCAGCGUGCUGGUGCAGUGUGUGCCCCCCGCUGCCGUCACCGCCGUCACUCUCCACUCCGAGUGGAACCUCGUGGCCUUCGGCACCAGCCACGGCUUCGGACUCUUCGACUAUUACCGGCGCAACCCUGUGCUGGCCAGGUGUACGCUGCACCCCAACGACUCGCUGGCCAUGGAGGGGCCCCUGUCCCGCGUGAAGUCCCUCAAGAAGUCCCUGCGGCAGUCCUCCCGCCGCAUCCGCAAGAGCCGGGUGUCCGGCAAGAAAAGGCUCAAUGCCAGCAGCCCCUCCAGCAAGGUGCAGGAGGCCAACGCGCAGCUGGCCGAGCAGGCGGGACCCCCCGAGGUGGAGAUGACGCCCGUGCAGCGGCGGAUCGAGCCCCGCUCGGCCGACGACUCGCUCUCGGGGGUGGUGCGGUGCCUCUACUUCGCCGACACCUUCCUUCGAGACGCCGCCCACCACGGCCCCACGAUGUGGGCAGGGACCAACUCUGGCUCGGUGUUCGCCUACGCCCUGGAGGUGCCGUCGCAGGAGAAGUUUUCGGAGCGGGCGGUAGAGGCGGGGGGAGGGGAGGGGGUCCAGCUGAUGCACCGGGGGCCAGCGCCAGUGGUGGCUAUCGCGGUGCUGGAUGGGCGGGGGAACCCCUUGCCCGAGCCCUACGAGGUCUCGCGGGACCUGGCCAAGGCCCCCGACAUGCAGGGCAGCCACUCCAUGCUCAUCUCCUCCGAGGAGCAGUUCAAGGUCUUCACGCUGCCCAAAGUGAGUGCCAAGACCAAGUUCAAGCUGACAGCACACGAGGGCUGCCGUGUGCGGAAGGUGGCCCUGGUGAGCCUGGCCAGCGCCGGCUCCGAGGAGCGGCUGGAGAACUGCCUGGCCUGUCUCACCAACCUGGGCGACAUCCACAUCUUCACCGUGCCCGGCCUGCGGCCCCAGGUCCACUACGGCUGCAUCCGCAAGGAGGACAUCAGCGGCAUCGCCUCCUGUGUCUUCACCAAGCACGGCCAGGGUUUCUACCUAAUUUCGCCGUCCGAGUUCGAGCGCUUCUCGCUGAGUGCCAGGAAUGUGACGGAGCCGCUGUGCCGGCUGGAGGUCGCCCGGCUCCAGGACACCUCCUGCCUCAGGUGGGACGUGUGCCCCGGGGGGGCACGGGACGGGGCGACCGGCACCCACGUCCCUUGCAGCCCCGAGGGCCAACGCUCCCCUGCCGACAGCGACCGGUCCCCCGAGGAGCACCCGGCCGCCUUCUCGCCUGGCCCCCUCGACCACUCCCCCAACAGCAGCAUGGAGAACCCGCUGGACACCACCGGGGACAUCACCGUGGAGGAAGUGAAGGAUUUCCUGGCGUCCUCGGAGGAAGCAGAGAGGAACCUGAGGAACGCCAGCGAGGACGAGGCCCGGCCCACGGGGAUCCUCAUCAAGUGAGGCAUCGCCGGCCUCCCCGGCCCAUCUCAGUGCUCGGAUUCCCGGGACGCGCGACUCGACUGGACCCCCCCGCGCCCCCUCCCCGCGUAACG